AUGCUCAAGGAUCAACUUCCUCUCCGCUUGAAGGACACAAGGCGUAUUUCGAAACGGGGAGGUCGAUACAGCAAUGCUGGUGGUCUGAAGGACGAUGAGACAACCAGAUUAGAAGAGAUUCUUGAAUUGUGUGCGGCAAACGGCCUCGAGGCGGAUGACUUCGCGCAACUCGAUCCACGUUUCUGGCAUAGUGGUCACAUCGGCCAAGCCUUCAAUAAGGGGCAUGACUACACCGCAAUCUGCUUGACAGCCAUUCGAGCCAAAAAUCCUGCUCCAAAGGUUGAUAACGACGAAGAAGCAGCACCCUCGGUUGGGACACGGAGGGUAGAGGAAAUACUACACAACUCAUCGAGGGAGGCUAGACUUCAGAGUCUAGGUGCCUCUGGGAUGCUCCAGCCUGAUAAGAUUUACCAACAUCACCUUUUGUCAUUCCUGAGACGGAAGGAGUGGAAGUUUAUUGAAAAGAUGGCGCGUGAAGGUGUUGACUUCCUCAACGCCUCGAGCGGCUUUAGCAACUUCGCCAUUCUCGUCAGCCAUGGUUAUGCUUCACUUGCAGAGACGGUGGGUGAUAUUGUGGUCCAGAAAGGUUUUGAAAACAGUGAUUGGCAUGCUUUCGGGGACGAAACCCGGCCAGGCCUCUGGUUUGCGAAGCGAAACAUCUCAGACCCAAGCAAAGUGUCCCAAAACCCUCUGCCUCUGCUAAUUUGCGCAACUCGGCGAGAACUUCCCAACUUACCAAUGCUCAAAUUACUGGUGGAGAAGUUUGGAGUCGACGUAAACGAGAUGGCAUAUAGCAGAGAGUACGUGAGUGGCGAGAACAUAAUCGCCGGAUCCGAUUCUCCUCUUCACUCAGCAUCGAGGGGAGAUCAUUGGUGGCAAGUUCAUCAAGCACUGCCCUAUUUACUCAAGGCUGGAGCCAACAUCCAUCUCCGCAACCAUCUUGGACAAACACCUCUUCUUAUGGCCCUCAAAGCUGAUGGGAACUGGCCUGGGCCAUUCAAUAGGGCUGCCGCGAGACUCUUGAUUGAAGCUGGAGCAGACGUCAACGCGGCUGAUAAAGAGGGUCGAAGCUGUCUGGCCUGUGCACGGCAUGACGUCGGUCUCGUGAAGCUCCUCAUCUCACACGGGGCUGUUGUGACGGCUGACUCCAUCCUUGCGGCGAUUGACUCGAAGAGCGUCCCGAUGCUCCAAGCGCUCCUCUCCGGGGGUGUAAGCGCGAACAUCCGUGCUGACAAGCCGUCCGAAGAGGCUCUGGCCGCUGAAAGGGAAAAGAUCAGAAAGAAUAGGUACCGCUGGGCCUAUGGUUCAUCAGUACCGCCGCACGAAAAGUUUCCGCUCUUCCAUGCUGGGAAUCUCUUCAAAACGAUAAAAUCUCCUGCUACAAGCCAAGAGCUUCGAGAAACAGAGACUUGUAUUCAACUUGUACAAGUCCUUCUCGAACAUGGGGCUGAUCCGUUUGGUAAAUUUCUGAUAGAAGAGAGUUCGGGUCCAGAUACACCAAUUUAUACGGAAGCCACAGUCUUGCAUGAACUAUUGGCCGAUGGUAGCUUGCCUGAGGUUUACCUCCGCAUUCCUGACCUAGAUGUUGACCACAGGGAUGCCAAAGGCCGCACGCUGCUACAUGCUGUCUGUAGUGGUAUCAAUUACCCGGACUACGUCGUUGGGUCAUAUCAACAGGAUGGACAAGUCGACGAGAAGACCACCGUCUUCCAGCAACUCUUAUCCCUAGGGGCAGAUAUAGAAGCCGUUGACAACUCUUCUCGGAACGUCUUGCAUUACAUGAUUGGCAAUGAUGACCGUCAUGGGUUCGUCGAAUUCGAUCAAUUCGAGGCAUCUCUGGCCGAGGUUCUGAAAAAGGCCCCUCAACUUAUGAAUCGGCCAGACUCUUCUGGUGAAACGCCUCUGCACGCGGCCGUUAUUCGUGCGGCCAACAGGGGAAGACCGGAUAUCGCCGAGGCGCUCCUAAAGGCUGGGGCAGAUCACCUCACAGUUACCAACAAGAAAGACAAUCUUCUCCACUCACUUGCGUCGCGUUUACGUACAGAGCAGAAUCGUGAUUUCUUCGAGGAUCUUGUGAAGCGCGGAGUUGAUAUAAACGCUCGCAAUAUCAAGGGAGAAACCCCACUUUUCACCUUUUGUGUGAAAUCUAAGCCUAAGAAACGCGACAGUUACUCUGACAAGGAAAAGGCUAUGGAGAAACUGAAAGCCAUACCACUAAUGGAGCGGCUAGGCGCCGACCUCUUCGUCAAAGAUAACAGGGGACGGGGGCUGUUGCAUGCAGCGGCAGGGGGAAAUGUUGAUAUCUUCAAGCAACUGAUGGAACGAGGGCUCGACGUCAUGUUGGAAGAUGAGGUGCAGCAAACGCCUAUUGAUGUUGCUGCUGCAUGCGGAAACAAGGAUAUCCUAGAGCUCUUUGAGAAGAAAAUAUGA